AUGUCGACCUCGACAGCCAUGGCGAGCAUGACGAUGACGAGUGCAAGUUCUAUGGCGUCGUCUACCUCAGGAAUGGACAUGGACUCGUCGUCCAUGAUGAUGAGCUCAGCGGACAUGGCUAUGGUGUUCUUUCAGAGCGUCACAACACCGCUCUACUCGAGCGCCUGGACUCCGCAAGGUCAAGGCUCAUACGCCGGCACUUGCAUAUUCUUAAUCGUGCUGGCGCUAGUACAUCGGAUCCUGAUAGCCGGACGGGCCAUCAUCUUCGAUUCGAACCAAGCACUUUCCCGUCGUCGCAAGGAUAUCUCUUCAGAUUCGGAUGAGUAUCCAGGCAGCAAGAGCGACUUGGAGUCGAUGGGUGAGCGAUUCAGGUCGCAAUGGAGUGGCCAUCCGUUCAAGGUUGCAACCGAGACCGCUCGUGCGCUUCUCGAAGUAAUAAUUGGGGGCAUUGGAUACUUACUGAUGUUAGCAGUUAUGACAAUGAACGUAGGCUACUUCCUAUCGGUCCUGGGGGGGAUUUUUCUCGGCACCUUCGUUGCCGGCCGAUUUGGCGGUGGUGACGACCACCACUAA